AUGCUGACUCCCACUGAUGAAUAUUCUCCCCACAAUUCCAGACAACUAGAUGUCAGUCCUUUGGCUUUUUCUGAUGAUUGGCUGAGUCACCAGAGAAGAGAGGUGUUUACUACAUGCUUCUCCAGAAUUGCAAUCUUCUCUUUUUUUUCUCUCAUUCUAUUUCUUUUUUUUUCUCUCUCACUCUACAUUUCUCCUUUUCUCUCUCUCUCUCUCUCUCCAUCUCUUAUUUUCUCUCUCUCUCCAUCUCUUAUUUUCUCUCUCUCUCCAUCUCUUAUUUUCUCUCUCUCUCCAUCUCUUAUUUUCUCUCUCUCUCUCUCUCCAUCUCUUAUUUUUUCCUUCUCUCUCUCCAUCUCUUAUUUUUUCCUUCUCUCUCUCCAUCUCUUAUUUUUUCCUUCUCUCUCCAUCUCUUCUUUCUCUCUCUCUCUCCAUCUCUUAUUUUCUCUCUCUCUCUCUCUCCAUCUCUUCUUUCUCUCUCUCUCUCUAUCUCCAUCUCUUCUUUUCUCUCUCUCUAUCUUCAUCUCUUCUUUCUCUCUCUCUCUACAUUUCCUCUUCUUUCUCUCUCUUUUUCCCCAUGUCUUUGUUUCUCUUUCCUACUUUUCCAAUUCUAAAUAUUCUUUCUUUCUUUCAUUUUUCUUUUUACUCUUAAUUUCAUUGAUUUUUUUUUGCUCAUUUUUUUAUCUUCCAUCUUAUUUCUACUUUCUUUCCUUUCUUGAGUCAUCAAUUAUUUUUUCUACUUUCUCUUUUACCCCCCCAUCCUAUUCAUUUUUCCUUUCUUUUCUCCUUCUCAUUGUGUCACUCUAUCUUUUCUUUGUUCUCACUCUUUCUUUCCUUCCUCAUUUUCUCUUCUUUUUCUCCAUUCUUUUUCCUCUUUUUUCCUGUUUUUAA